UAUUCGACACCGCGCUCCAGCACAUCCUGUAUAUCAGCCCAGAGCUACGGAUUUGCUGACGUGUCGAGCACUGCCCAGUGCCCAGAGAAACCAGCCAUAGAAAGCCAACCACUAUGGCAACACACGUUUCUCUUGUUUACGGCUUUAUUUUAUCCUUUUUACUUAUUUAUAGUGUCACUCCUGAAAGACGAUUUUCAGAUUUGAAGAGGUGUGCAGACGAGGAGUGCAGCAUGCUUCUGUGUCGGGGGAAGGCAGCAGGAGACUUCACCGGACCGGACUGUCGCUUUUUAAGUUUCAAAAAGGGGGAGACGGUCUAUGUUUAUUAUAAACUCUCAGGACAGAGGUCGGAUGUGUGGGCGGGAAGUGUGGGCAGCCGAUUUGGCUAUUUUCCCAAAGACCUAUUCAUCCUUAAUCAUAUAUAUACAGAGAAGGAAAUAGAGGUUCCGGCUGAGGAAACAGAUUUCGUCUGUUUUGAUUCGGGCCUAGAUCAGUUUGAAAGUUAUAACUUGGAUCAUUUGUUGAGGUCCUCAGAGUCACAGCCAGCAAGUAAUGCUGUGGCAUUGGCUGAAGUAAGCGACACCGAAAGCAUCCCAAACGAGGAUGAUUCAUCGAAAGUAUCCUCUCCUCAGGAUGACACUCCUCUAGAAGUUGACCAGAAUGUGGAAAGUGAGGAACCCACACAAGAACUCCAUCCACAGGACUUGUCAUCUGGACCUGAGGAAACUUCUGACCCAUUAAUUGAAGAAAAAAAAGCUAACCAGUCUGAGGACAUGCCAGAUUUGAACAGUUUUGUAGAUAAUGAUGAUGUGGCAUUGGCUGAAGUAAGCGACACCGAGAGCGUCCCAGAAGAGGGCGAUGUAAUAACAUUAUCCUCUCCUCAAAAUAACACUCCUCUAGAAGGUGACCAGAAUGACAGUGUGGAAAGUGAGGAACCCACACAAGAACUCCAUCCACAGGAUUUGUCACCUGGCCCGGAAGAAUCGGUUGACCAGACUUCUGACCUGACAACAACAGCCAAAUGGUCUGAGGAGAUACCGGAUUUACACAGUUUCGUAGAUGACAAUGACAAUGACGACGAUGAUGAUGAUGAAGAUGACGUGAUAUUGCCUGAAGUAAGCGACACAGAGAGUGUCCCAGAGAAGGACAAUUUAACAAAACUAUCCUCUCCUCAAAAUGAUACUCCUCUAGAAGGUGAGCUCCAAGAACAAGAAGAGGUAACAAAAGCAAAAAUACCGGAUUUUCACAGUUUCGUAGAUAGUGAUGAAGUGGCAUUGGCUGAAGUAAGCAACAUGGAGCGUUUCCCAGAAGAGGACGACGCAAUGACGGUAUCCUCUCCUCAAGAUCACACUCCUGACAAGACUACUGAAGAGCGAACAAAAGGCAAACAUUCUGAGGAGAAACCGGAUUUUCGCAGUUUUGUGCAGAAAAUGAAAAAAGAACUAGACACCAGAAAAGAAGAUCCUGGGAAAAGCAGUUAUGUAGAUCCUUGGAGAAUAGAAGAGCGUUCAGUACCCCCAGAACAACGGCUGCAAGGGUUACUUCCAGACGAAAAUGCUGUAAUGUCAUUCUACUCAGCCACUCCACAACAUCCUCAACAUCACCAACAGGACCGCUCGAAAGAUGGGACCCGGAGCCCUGAAACAGUGGGAGCUCAGGCCUCACCACAGGACAAACGGAAGGAGUGGACUCGGAGCUCUGAGACCGUGGGAGCUCAGGUCUCACCACAGGACAAACGGAAGGAGUGGACUCGGAGCUCUGAGACCGUGGAAGCUGAGGUCGCCUCUGACGUAACCCCACCAGAACUGGCUCCAGCAGCAGCAGCAGCAACAACUGCUCCAAAUCCAGCAGAGGCAGACCCCACACCCACUGAAGUUCUGCCCACUGAUGAAUCAAAUAACAUCACUGAUGCAGAUAUUGACACAGACACUGCCAUGGAACGCCAGACGGCCACGACAGUUGCAGACAUGCCGGAGUACAGUGACAGUGUUCUCAGGCUGACGAUUAUAAGGGACCAUUUCAAAGAGAAUGACAUGGCACGGCUCCAGAGGUAUUUAACUUUGAACCACUUGCUCCAGAUCGAGGCCAUGUUUAACGACCUGGACCAGGAGCUGAAGGCUGCACGGCUAUCUCAGACGGACAGUUCUGACGACACGGAGAGGGCCCUGGAGGCCAUCCUUGAGUCCUCGGAGACUACCAUCCUGGACGAGGUUGAGAAAUUGCUAGACAGCAGGGAGCAAAGAACCUCUGACGUGGAGAGGGAAGAUGAAACUAUGUUCGAUGAGGAGGCGGCCAUCUUGGAUGACUUCCAGGAGCUGGCCUUCACCUUGAGGCAGAAGUACUCCCUGGCCAAUGACAGUGCACCGCUCGUGGCAAAAGCUCAGGAGGAGCCGUUAACAGAAGAGGCAGAGUCACCCGAAGCUGACGAGGAAUCCGUCAAUACAUUAACAGCAGACGAUGACGUUGCCAUCGGUGAUGAUCAGGAGCAUCAUCACAACACGUUGGAGCCCCAUUCAGAACAAAGUGACCGUAGUGACUUGCCUCACAGUGCCAACGUGGCCAUCGAGGAGGAUGCGGGACACAGAAACCAGGACAGCCAGGCCAGCACCAAUGAGCCAGAGGAGAGACAGGGAAGUCCACAGCAUAUUCAGGAGAGUCCUUUGGAUGUUGGACUUGGUAUUGAUGCUGACCAUUCAACUACAGAAGAGGCCAAGUCACCUGAAUCUGAUGAGGAAUCUGCCAAUAACUCAACGGAGACCAAAGCCGACACAACAGACGAUGACGUUGCCAUCGACGAUGAACAGGAGCAUCAUCACUACACGUCGGAGCCCCAUUCAGAACAAAGUGACCAUAGUGACUUGCCUCACAGUACCAACGUGGCCAUCGAGGACGACGCAGAACACAGAAACAAGGCCAGCCAGGCCAGCCAUAACAAGCCAGAGGAUAUACAGAGCGGUCCACAGCGUAUUCGGGAGAGCCCUUUAGAUGUUGGACUUGGUAUUGAUGCUGACCAUUCAACUACAGAAGAGACAGAGUCACCUGAAGCUGAUGAGGAAUCUGCCAAUAACUCAACAGAGACCAAAGCCGACACAACAGACGAUGACGUUGCCAUCGACGAUGAACAGGAGCAUCAUCACUACACGUCGGAGCCCCAUUCAGAACAAAGUGACCGUAGUGACUUGCCUCACAGUGCGAACGUGGCCAUCGAGGAGGACGCGGGACACCGAAACAAGGAUAGCCAGGCCAGCCAUAACAAGCAAGAGAAAAUCCAGAGAGGUCCACAGCGUAUUCGGGAGAGCCCUUUGGAUGUUGGACUUGGUAUUGAUGCUGACCAUUCAACUACAGGUUCAAUUGACCCUCGUGUUCCAGAUUUCUCUGAAGAGCCCAUUCAGGAUGAAGCCGGCUCAUCGACAGUUUUCGCUGCAAUGCGAACGGCGUUAAAGGCUGCUCGUCUUUAUCUUGGCCUGACUGUUGGAGAGCUGGUUGCCACCUUGCCGGAGGAAUGGAGACCUGGGCCGACCUUCUUCGGGCUUCCCUGGGAGCCUGUGGCCUGGACCAUGGCAGUGGGAGUCCUCACCUUUCUGACAUUCAUUUGGAGGACUGUUCUUGCUGUAAAAAGCAGAAUGUAUCAAGUUACAGAAAAACAAAUUGCUGCAAGGAUUGUACAUCUGCUGGAUCUGAAUCAUCAGUGUACAGCAAAAAUUGCAGAGCUCCAGAAAGCGCUGAAGGCAAAAGACAACGAGCUGACGGAUUGCAAAGAGUCCAAUGAGGAGCUGCGAGCUAAAGCCAGCCAACUGGGGGAAACAAUAAAGCGGAUGGAAGAGGAACGCAUUGUGAUGAGUGACACCAUCAGGAAGCUUGAGGAGGACCGCGAAAUUUACCGCAAGGACUCCCUUGUCCUUAGGGAAUCACUUUCAAAGUCGGAAAGCACCAUGGCAACCUUCAAUCAGACAAUACAGAACUACCAAAAGGAGGUGGACAAGGUCCAGGUUCUGAUUGAUGAGGGAAAGCUCAGAGAAGACGCCCUGAAAGCACAAAUGAAGGCCUCCGACAAGGAGAACGCCAAACUGAAGGAGGCCAAGACAUCGCUUCAACGCGAACUGAGGGAAUGGGAGGACAAACACAAGGAUUUGAAUGAGCAGAUCAGAGACUUCACAAUAAACAAGAAGGAGCUGGAGGACGCGCUGGCCCAUAGGGAGAGCGAGAUUGAAAUAAUAACUGGUUGCGUUGCCGAGCUGAGAUCCAUUGAGGCUCUGGUGGACGAUGACGAGGCGUUGGCCAAUGGACAAGCCGCCGCCCAGAAGAGCGAGACCUUGAGAGCCCGCAUUAAGCAAAUGGUGGAUGUGUCAAGGGUCAAAGCCACCCUGUCUGUCAUCGAGGAGGAGCGAAACCGCUUUAUGAGCAAGCUGCUUGAUGAAGAGGGCCAAAGGCAGACUCUUGAGGAAAAGGUUGAGAAACUGGAGCACCAGCGCUCACAGCUGGACAGCGAGAGGACUGACCUUGAGACUAAGCACCAGGCCCUGCAGCAGAAGCUCGAGAUAAUGUCCGAGAUGUACCAGCAGAAGGAGAACGCCCUGCACCAGAAGCUGACGCGUGAGGAGCUGGACCGGCGGGCAAAGGAGAGCAUGCUGUCCGAGGUGGACAAGAAGACGCUGGCGGCUGCGGAAGAGUCUGAGCUCUACAAGCGCCGCUGCCUUGAAAUGGAGGAAGAGAUGCAGAAAGUGGAGCGCGCACACAAGGCAGAGAUUGCGACCCUUGAGAAGAAGUCUCAUGACAACUGGCUGACCGCUCGAGCUGCCGAGAGAGCUCUGAUUGAGGAGAAACGCGAGGCUGCUAACCUGCGCCAGAAGCUGAUGCUGCUGAACGACAAGAUGGGCGAGCAGUACAGGGGUCUUCCCAAGCCCACUCCCGGACGCCCUGACCACCCCCCCAUGCGCAGAGGAGAUUCGUACGGGCCCUCCCCCGUUAGUGGAGGCGCCCCCUCCCCCCCUCUCAUGAUGGAGGGUCCCGGCCGCCCCCCCUCUGCCCCCGUGGGCCGCAGGAGUGAGCCCCUCGGUCCUCGACCUCCCUCUGACCCCCACGGACGCUUUGUUGACCUCGGCUACCCACCUCCUCCUGCUCGACCAGACAUGUACGUGCCUCCUCGCACCUCGUCUCCAAAUGACGGCUCGCAAAACCAGACAGCCCCGACAGCAGCACCUGUAGAAACUGAGGCUGAGGCUAAGGCCUCCACUGACGCCUCCCCUGAAGCAGCAGAGGCCAUGAACAAGUCCUCCCAGGGCCCCGGCUCUCUGAUGGUGUCCCCGAUCAGGGACUCCCCUGCCCACAUGAUGGGCCCUGGCGCUGCCCCUCCCAACGGCAUGCCGCCCCCCAUGAUCAGACCCAACGGACACCUGCCCCCCAUGAUGCCACCCGGUCCUCCUGGACCUCAUGACGUUCGCUUUGGACCCCCCGGACCCAUGCCUCACGACCUUCGCUUUGGACCGCCCGGACCCCCUCAUCCUGACUCGCGAUUCGGACCCGCUGGUUAUGGACCACGGCCUGGCCCUCCUGGACCCUACGGACCUCCUCCAUUCAUGCGAGGCCCACCUCCACCGAUGCGCGACUAUCCACCCAUGCCACAGGAUUACCCGUUCCCUCCACGCCACCUGCCGCCCGGAGCCUUCCCUCCGCCCCCUGGGUCCCUGCCACCACCCGGGCACAUGCCACCUCAUCCAAUGCACCCAGCCGAUCGGGACUUCCGUGGCCCUCCAAUGGCACCCGGAGCUAUGCCGCCCCACGGGCCGUCCGGCCCCUUUGGCCCAGCCACUGCCCCAGACAUGAGGAACUGCCAGGGGGAUUUGCCUUCGGAUAGCAGUGCUAAAGCGGACCAGACCCCAGAGCAGCCUGCUAGCCAGACCUCUGGGCAGGACCCGGACCAGCAGCAGGGGGAGCAGCCCCCUGCCAUGGUGGUUCUCGACCCUUAAAUGGAUUUUGACCCCGGACUGACUUGACGACUACGAGAAUUGAACGCCGAUUUCAGUAUGACGACUAGAACAGUAUUUGAAUGCCGAACCCAAAAGUUCUUCUACAAGACUUGUAGACUUCACACAAAAACGCUGAUGUUCUACAAGACCUUGGGGAGACCUUACAUGAACCGACUAUGAGAAUUGAAUGCCGAUGUAAAACUAUGCCACCUACAGUGCAGAACCCAAAAUUUCUUCAAGACAUGUCGACUUCACGCAAAAACUACACACAAAAAAAUGCUGAAGUUCUUCAAGAAGACCUUUUUGGAGUUUUGCGAUACAUUAACCGACUUUGGAGGAUUGAACGCUGGACAUGGAACACACCGCUCUUCUAUAAGACUUGUGUAGACUUCGCAAGACUAAAAACAAAAAAAAUGAAGUUCUGCCAGUCUUUUCAGAGUUCUUCAAACAACCCUUCUUUUUACUUUUUAGCAUCCACAAAAAACUCUAUCCAUAAAAAUUAACUUCAUUAAACGCAGCAUUUUAAAAAGGCAGAAUUGGCUCGGCGGUGGUUUCCUGGAUUUUGAAGAAACAAUAAUCAAACAUGCUACACUGUGGGUGUUGGGCUAGAGGCCUGCAGCUUCAUUGUAUGUGGCCUGUUGUGCAAUAACAUUAUUUUAAAAUGGACACCCAAGGGUUGUUUUAAAAUAGGAGACAUUGAAGUGAGCGAAAGUGAUAGAUUUUGUUCUGUUUUGCUUUUCUUUUUUUUCUAUGUCACAAAUUAUGGUUUCCUGUGGAAAUGCCUAGAUGUCACAGGGUAAGAGACUUCAGAGACUUAAUCUAUAUCCUGGGCUAAACCAAUGCGUGUGUGUGUGUGUGUGUUUUCAACAAAAUGUUUGUCUAGGAGGGUUUUCUAGAUUCGUAUCGUAUGUAUUCCUCCACUUGCCCUCAGUUUCAGUUGUAACUUCAAGGUGUGUGUUUGUUUGUGUGCGUGCGUACGGUGCACAGAUCUGUGGGAUGAUGUUAACAGGUGGUUUAGUCACUGACCUAGGUAGGUUAACACAAGUGGUAAAUCUACUGGUUGAACAGCCUUUUGACUUUUUUUUUGCUAUACCUGUAGUAAUGAACCCACGAGACAUCCCUCAAUUUAGAAGAGUUACCACUGACCAUGGGUUAACUAUUCUGGGCUGGUCACUAAAACCACCUUACUUGAUUUACGACCUGGUGUUGGAUACGCAUGCUAUGAUCUGUUUGUCUGGUAUGUUAGUUAAAGUGGUAUAACGUUAUAACCCCACACAAUCUGUUAACAUAAAUUAAUUGCCACAUGUUUUUGUUUUCUUUCGUUUUAAUACCAAUCAGCGUUUUCUGCUACGAUCAAAAUGAGAUCAACCCCUGUGAACUUGGGUGCAGCUGCAUCAAUGGAUUUAUGGCCAGCUUAUUGUAUGUUUUUUUUAGUUUUGUUGUGUUUUGAGGUUUUUAUAAUGCUCCUGUCAUUUCUUUUCGACGAGAAGAAACCCAAUAUGCUGUCAUAUUGACACAAAGUACCUGUAUAUUGCCUUGACUGUAGUAAUGUACAUAAAAUUAUCAAUCACCUGUGCAAAUGCAACUGUUCUGGUGUGUUCUUCAUGCAUAUCUUUAGAGGGAAUACAAACCCUCAAUACUUCAUACUGCGUGCAGUAACUCAGGUACACAGUAACGGCAGAUGCCUGCGGAUACACGGCAGCUAGUGGAAGUUAUUGUUUUUGUUUGCAAGUGGCCACGGCCUCCCUGGCCACCAAUAUGGGAGUUUGGCAGCAUAGAAGUCCUCAUCCAGGAGUGUUAGUGAGGUAUUCUCGGUAGAUUUCUAAAACUUUUGUACAUGAUUGAGCUGACUCUGAUUUUGGGGCUCCAACUGAGUUCACAUGGCUCCAGUUGCCAAUCUGAAUAGGGGAAAGUGUGAAAGAUGAUUAUUUUUUUUUUACCGUAUUUGUAAAUAAAGUAUGAAAGGUGAAACAUUUCAAAUGCUUUGUAAAUACGUCUUCAGUGUAAAUCGUAUACGUCAAACAUGUAACUUUUGGAUUUGAUUCCUAAUUUCACUAAUGGAAAUAUCAAUGUUUUAAAGGUUGAGUAUGAUUUUUUUUUUUUAAAAGCAGUUUAUUUCCAGAAUGUUUGCAGUCAUUUUACAAAAGUUCUUUCAUGUCCAUAUACUACCACCACCAAUUUCUUAGUAUUCAUUAUGAAUCUCUGCUUUUCAUACAUAAAUUUGUCGAUGUUC